AUGCUCUUUGGGGACGCACAGGAGUCUGGCUCCUCUCCUGGCCUCACUGCCAUCUCUCCCCAGCCACAGGUGCCCUCCACCAUGAGAAUGUCCCAGGGGGUCCUCCUGCUCGCGGCAGCCCUGGAGUUGGCAAGGACAGUUGCUGCCCGCUGCCCCACCCCCUGUGUCUGCGACAACCUCCGUGCCCAUGUCCUCUGCCUCAAUAGGAGCCUGACCGCCAUCCCCGGUGCUAUCCCACAGCUCACCAAAAACCUGGACCUCCAGGGCAACAGCUUCACAGUCAUCCCAGUAGGAGCCUUCCUCACUACUCCGUACCUCACACAGUUGGACCUGCAGCACUGCAAGGUGGAGAAACUGGAAGAAGGGGCUUUCCGAGGGCUGGGGAGGCUAGUUUACCUCAACCUGGCCUCCAACAGCAUAGCCUUCCUCUACCAGGAGUCCCUGGAUGGGCUCUCCUCCCUCCAGCAGCUCAUCCUGGAGGGGAAUCGCAUCGAGGAGAUCCAGCCAGGCGCUUUUAGCCACCUGGGGUCCCUCGCUGUUCUCGAUCUGAGGGCAAAUGCCUUGGUCUAUCUCCCGGACAUGGUCUUCCAGGGUCUGCAGGCCCUCAGGUGGCUCCGGCUGUCCCACAACGCCCUCCAUGUGCUGGGCAGCGAGGCCUUUGCCGCUCUGCCUGCCCUGCGCAGGCUGAGCCUGGACCACAACGAGCUGCAGGCGCUGCCUGGUGAAGCCCUGGCCAGGCUGGACGGGGCCACCCGGCUGGACCUGGGCCACAACCCCAUCACCUACUUGGCUGAGGAAGCCUUGGCCAUGUCCUCCCUGAAACACCUCUUCCUGGACCACGCUGCCCUCCAGGACGUCGCGCCUGACGCCUUCGCCCACAGCCCCCAGCUGCGCACGCUGGACCUCCGCGAAAACCAGCUGCGGGGAGCCCGGGGGGGGCCCCCGCCCCUGGCCGGGGCUGGGGGGCUGGUGAGGGUCAGCCUGGCCGGGAACCCUCUGCUCUGCUCCUGCCUCCUGCGCCCCUUCCACGACUGGCUGGCAAGGGCACGGGUGCAGGUGGAUGGGACCUGUGCUGCACCCCUUGCCCUCCGUGGCCGGCCCCUUGACUCCCUG